CUGACGCCGGAGUAAUUAUUCGUGAAUUAAUGUCUUCUUGCUGAAGCUCUAGGAAAUUAAUAAAGAGAUAUGAAAUUAUGAACGUUUGUCAACAAAUUUUAGCUUUAGAUGCGAGAUUUAACGCGUACAGAGUGCAGACGAACCCACAACAUCGAACUUUGUAUAUACGAAGGAGAACUCAGCUGCUGAGAGAAAUUGCGAAGAAAAAUAUUGAUCACAGUGUUCGGCGUCACUACCUUCACUUGAGAAAGUUAAUUUUGAGCAAGCAAUAUGGCACCAUCUCAGAUCUUCUAUCCCUAAGCAUAUCCUGCGACAUCAAUGAAGUUCAAAGGAUAUUCUCCGUGUGUUCAGCCAACUGAAUCGAAGUUGCACCCGAAUCCCGGGUCAAAUGUCGUCCUAUUACAACCUUGUAGUAGGCUACAAAACCUCUUCAAACUUCAACCGGAUGGAGUCAUACAGCACCUCACGAGUGGCAUGUGUAUUCAAGGCAUGAAGAAUGGUGACCCACUCAAUACUGCGGCAGGCGAUCGCGUUACGUUGAAUAAUCCUUGUACAUUAUAUCGUCCUGGCUAUAAUACGCCUCAUGCGUUGCAGUUUAAGUUUACCAGCGGUGGCUCGUUGAUGGAAGUGAAAAGUGGAAAGUGUAUUUCAAUUACAAAAGGACAGGAAAAUGUGCCUUUGACUUUCACUUCGACCUGCGAUACAGCUGACACGAUAAUUGAUUUCAUAGAUAAAACGAACAAAGUGAUAAAACCCGAGAGCACUGGUAAAUCGCCGACAGGAAAAUCCCCUUCUAGAGCUCCACCAGCGACCCCAGGUGCGCCAUCAAGCCCUGGUGCACCAUCAACCCCAGCUCCACCAGCGACCCCAGGCACCUCUUCCACCCAAACACCUAAUACCCAAACUGUUCCCGGAGGAACCAUGCCCAAUAAUUAUGGCUCACCAGUUUAUUGUCAAUCCACUUGUGGACAGCCGUCUUGUGCAUCCACCUGUCAACCUGCCUGUUGUAACAGCCCGCAACAAACCGGCAUUGUGCCCGCAGGUUUCCCGCCAAUCGUACGAUGCCCCUCUUACUGCUCCCCGGGGCAAUGUCGUUCCGUUUGCCCUGUUGGGUGCUGUUUUCCAAACUGGGACUCUCAACACUUUGCUGACGAAGACAACACGAUAGAAAUCAUUGAUAGGCAGAGAUAAACAAUGAGUUACUUAAAAAACAACUGAAUUUUUUGUCUCAGGCUAUAGACUGACUUAAAAAUUAUGAAUAAAGCACAUCCCAAGUGGAAUAAAACAAAUUUUUUUAAAAGGUCUUUAAAAAAACACUUUAAAAGUUUAUCUUCACCUUAAAAAAAUAAAAACCCAGCUUAUUUUACUAAGGUUAGACGGAGCAUCCUAAAAUUUUGCAAUAUUUCGCUAUCAGAAAUUUAGGAUGUCCUUUCAAGCUUUGGUAAUGUAAAACAAAUUAAAUAGCAAAUUAACUGGUCAGGGCUGUCACUUUCGUAAUAUAAAGUUUGAUGCCCUGAACUCUGGAAUAAAAUCUAACAGUUUCAGGGAAUUAUCAAUGAACUGGUGUUUUUAAACAAAUAAAAUUAAUUAUAAUCAUUAUAACAAUCAAAAUUAAUUACUUAACUUAGAAUAUAAUGCAUGACCAU